AUGGCCGCGCAGCCGAACGUCCCUUACCAAGCCUAUAGGCGCCAUUCCCGCACUGUCUCCUUAGUUCCUAAUGUGACUCCGCCAUCCCUAUCCCGGCCUUCAAGCAUAGUUAGUAACGGCUCUGUAGGGGUUGUACCCCCUUUUACCCAGCCAGUCGAAGACUUCGAAACGGAGAAAGUUUCCACAGAGUACUCGGCCGUUGUUCCUGUGGUCAUGAACAAGACUGCAGUUAUACAUAUUGUACCCUCGACAAAAGAAUUACCCUCUUCCCCCUCCUCGAAUGACUCUCCCGUUGCAGAAUCCUCACAAGAUUCUUCGUCAACUAGGCCCCACACUCCAACCGUUGAAUCCCCACCGGCAGACAACGUCGAUCAGCAAACUAGGUCCACAGCGGUGGAUAAAGAAACUGGAUUGACAUCCUCAGUAGCUUCGCCGUCACCAGCCCUUCCUUCGCUGCCGCCGGCCCAGCCAUCACCCGCCAAUCAGAAGAAGACCUCAACCUUCCGCCGCAUAACCCCUCGCUCAGCCGUAACACGGUCGCCCUUACCCUCAUCGCCGCUUGUAACAUCUCGACCAUCACGGAUAUCUUCAGCGCAAUCCAGUGCCUCUGAUCAACCUAAUGUCCCUCAGUCUCCUGCCCUUCAUAGUCGUGUUGCGUCUAUAAGCUCGGUAAUGAGUGAGCCACCGAUAGCGAUUCGGAACUUUGCAUCUGCAUCAAACCCACAUCGGUCUCUGGUGGCUCCGCAGCCGAUAGGUCCGCCUACAUCCACCUCAAUCCGGUCUCCUCCUAGGUCACCAUCUCAGCUGCCACCGCCGCAGGCAUUACCAAAUGCUGCAGGUUCAACGACUCUAUCCACACCACCCGUAGUAUCGGCCGCCUCAUCAUCCCAGACGUCCAACUCCACACUCCCCAAAGCCACAAACCGUUUGCUUGCGCCUUACCGACCAGGUUUCCAGCCUAAAGGCGUGUACAGACCACGCACGGAUGAAUUUAUCCUGGCUCGGAAAAUUAAGACCGACUCUGGGCGAAUAGAGCGUACAAAAUUGGAGCGUCGACUGGAGAAAUUGAUACACUUGCACUUUCCAAUUGGCGAAGCGGAGCCAGUGGGUCCUAAACGGAUCGCAGAGCAGCGGAGGGCAUCGUCUUUCUUUGACCUUGAUAUAUCCAAUAUCAAGAACAUGGAUACUGCAGAAAUCUGGAAGGGCGUGUUAAAGUCGCAGGUAUUUCAAGGCGCUAAAGGUGAUAUUCGAGCCGCUGAACAGAGGAUCACUCCGUGGCAGGAGGAUUCUGCAGUUUCAAAAUGCCCGUUUUGCCAUGCCUCUUUUCAUCCGCUAACAAAUCGGAAGCACCACUGCCGCUUGUGUGGUCAGAUCAUAUGUUCGUUGCCGACUAAGCGACCCCAGAGACCAGAGACCUGCUCUAUCUUGUUUAUCGUGGAUUCGAGAACGCGCCAGAUAGAAGAAGUCGGUGAAGGGGUCGAUUAUGGUGUUCGUAAGAGACGAAGUAUAGAUCCCAAUCGCAAAGGAAAGCAAGAGGACGCUCUUUCAGAAGAUGAAAAGUUCUUGAAAGGCGUUCGAAUAUGCAGGAAUUGCAAGCCGAUCCUUGCGCGAGAGAGAUGUCGUCAAGAUGUCAUCCACGUACCAAUCUUCGUCAGACUGUAUGAAGCUUUCGUUAGUUUGGAGAAGGAAAUUGAAGAGUGGCUGCCUCAGUUUCAGGAACUCUUAUCGACUCUCAGCAACGAUAGCCAACCCACCAAAGAAGCAUCCGCUGCACGGAAGCGACUGUUGGAUGCUUUUGCCGAAUAUGACGCACUAUCCAAACGUAUCCGCAACCUCCCGUGUCCCCCCGGGAGUUCACAAGAUCGAGUUCAGCUCGCCAUCUUGACACGCGCCAACAUCUUUUUGCAGAAGAACAUGUUCCCACUUCAGUUCAUUCCCAAGCCAAAGAAGGGUGGUGUAUCAAACCCUCAACCCUCUGAGGGUCCAUCCGUUCUAGACCCGGACUCGGAAUUGGCCUACGCUCUUCAGCCGCUGCUUGAACAAGAAGCACUACUGGAAUCGUUUGUUGGUGAGGCGAUGGCACAUAGGAAAUUCGAGGACGCAAAGACCCUUAAGGCCAACCUGGCCGAGAUAAGGUUAGAGAUAGAUAGAAUGCUCUCAGGUGGGACUUCAUAGGCAUCAUAUCGGUCGUGUGCUUCUCUAACUUGGAUAUAUACACUCAUUAUCGUCAACAUCCUGUUAAUCCGAUGCAAUACGUAUGCUACUAACUCAGCGACAGAUAUGAGAACAUGCUAGAUGACGCUUAUGCGGAUGGGUAAUGUAGAGAGUCGUUCAAAAAAGUCAAUGUCGGUAGUAAUCGGUGAGAUAUUAUUUAAACGGAACAGUUCGUUAGUGCACAAAAGGACAGGCUCAGCCUUCAUCCUUAGUUACAUCUUUGAUGCCGACAGCAUGCCGGGGAGGAAGAGUGAUGGUGAAGGUCUGAUUAGGAAGAGCGCUCCGAGGCAGUUCGCGCAUGGGCAGUGUAGAUAGUUUCAACAUUCUGGGUUGUUGUGCACUGCGACUGCGCGAGAGGCUGGCACCAAGCUUGUUGUCAUCUAGGUGACUAGCAAGGCUGGGUUGCAAAGCAUUCGUCAUAGGUGAAUAAGGAAGUGGCGUCGUGGACGGUGAAAACGA